AUCUGGGGUUUAUAUUAAUCGUCGAAAUUUUACAAUUGCUGACAAUUUCGUGACUCAUAGAUUGUUGAAUUAUUAUUGUCCUAACGGUAUUAUAUCUAACGGCGAUAGUCAGUAAAAAUUAUUCUAGAUCUGGCCAUUCCUCAAUUAUUGAACCGAUCGGACUUGGAAACAUUUCAACGAACUUGAAUAGUCUUCGCCCGUUAAGAAUAAUCUAUUGUAGAUUAGUAAGGACAUGAAGAGGAUGCCAUGGAUUGUUGUUACAUCGAACAAAAUGAAGCUACAGGAAUGGACAAGGUAUUUCCAAAUGUCUCUAGUCCAGAAAUGUUUGACAGUGAUGUGGAAAAUAAACACAAUGAACAACAAGAAGUAGCAUCUAUAAUUGAAGAAACAUUGGUCAAAACUAGUCCACAAAAACCUUCCCAGGCUACUCUUAUCGCUAAGUCCGAUAAUUAUCUGCUGGCCAGAAUCAAUAAAUAUUUAACCGGAGUACCUCCACCACCGAGUCACACCAUUUGCCAAAGCGACUGUAAUGACUUGUUGCAUUAUAUUCAACAAAACCAACAAUAUUUUUGGACAAUCUCUCCUAUAUCAAAAGAGAAGAAUGUUAGACAAGAAGAAAUAGAUAAAUCUUUUAAUCAAGGAACAUUAGAAAACAAUGAGUCGUUUUCUUUUUAUAAUACCAAUAAUACUCAGAGAAAUUUAGCUAAUACUUUUGAAGAAUGCGAGUCAAAUACAAACGUUUCUAGAGAGAAUAAAUCACUUAUUCUUUAUAACACUGUUGGAGAGAAAGAAGUUGAAAAUUUGCCAUGGUCAGAAGCAUAUUUUCACAAAUUUCAUGGUAUCCAUUAUAAUAGAAAUAAAUCAGUGGAAGAAUUUGAAAAUUUAACAAUGAAACUAUGUGAAAGAUAUAUAGGAGCAGAAACACAAUCUACGUGUAAUAUAUUUUUUUCUAAACAAGGACCUGGAAGUGCUAGAAAAAGAAGUGUUCUAGCUAAACGUAAUUAUGGUCAAAGCCCAGGAAAGAGAUUGAGUCAUUUAGCUCGCAGAAGAAGAACAUUCUCUAGUGCAAAUUUACAAGGAUUAAGUCUCAAUGAUAAAAGACAAUUAAUAUUGAGUGUUAAAAAACCUACAACUAGAAAAGGUAAAAGUCCAAGAGGCAAAAGUCCAAGAUAUAAAAGUCCAAGAGGCAAAAGUCCUAGAGGAUCGGCUAAGAAAAAAGUAGUUCGAAGGCUUACAUUGGAAAAUACAAGUCCAUACAAAACAAAAUUGGACACAUCAAGACGAGCUCUAUUCCAAAGUCCACCUUUAGAUAAAGCAGGCCCUAGUAAAUUAUUUAAUUAUAGUAAUACCAAUCCCCAAACAAUUAAACGUGCUUUAUUUCCCACACCUAAGAAGGAAGAUGUUUUAAUGGAAGGUGUCAAAAUAAUUACUACCGAAGAAUCUAAAAAGAGAAAAAAUGAAGAUGAUUUACAAGGACCUCGUUUCAAGUGGGCAAAGAGUUUAUCGUUUGACUGUCCUCUUGAAUUACAAAAUACUACUCUACGUUCCUGGGAUCGCGAGAGACAUUCUUCUGGAAAUGUUUUAUCACAACAUGAAAUGUCUGUCAUGCAAGGAAAAGGUGAAUUUAGUGAUACGCAUAGAAAGAAAUUAUUAUGGGCUGUAGCAGAAGCAUUGCGAGGCAGAGGAAUUGGUAUGGGCCAUCCGCAGUUUAAGCAGUACGCUUCAAAUCUAGCACGUACUGUUAAAAAAUUAAUGCCUGAUCUUGAAAAUAAAAAUAUACCAAGAAAACCUGGUAGUACAAGUGAUCGUAUGUUAAAAUUGGCUAAACAUCAUGCUCUUCUCAUAACAGAUACAAGGACUAUGGAAUGACUGUACUUGUUAGUACGAAAAAAUAUAUUAUUGUAUCUUUUAUACAAAAAAAUUCGUACAAUUUUAAAAGAAAAAAGAAAUAGAAAAAAGUACAAGUGUUAUUACUUCGAUACUUUCAAGAUAAUGAAGGACUUUUAAUUAAUUUGAUGUGAUAAAUGUGAUCAAAUGCAUUAAUAAGAUUUACAUAAUUUUUCACGAAAAAUUAUUAUAUUUUACUGUAUAAAUGUAAAAGAAAAAUCCUUCUAAAGUCACAGUAUAUAUAUUAGAAUAAUUGUAGCCUGGACGGGAUAUUAUAUAUAUAUAAUUAUAUAUAUAUAUAUAUAAAGUUCUGUAAAUCAAUUAUAUUUAAUAUGUGAUUGUGAUUUAAGUAUAUAGCUAAAUCAUUAGAAGCAAGUAAAUACAAAUUUAAAUCUUAUUGUCUUUGAAAAAUCAAUAUAAAUUUUUUUUUAUUUCAAAGAUAAACUUUUUCUUCUUAGUAUAUCAAAGUUUAAUGUUGUUUUAUGUUAUUAAGAAUUAUGAAUCAUAGAAAAUUAUCUUACAUAAUAAACAUCAAAUUCAAUGUUUCCAGAGAAACUUGAUAUCUGAAUUUAUUACAAACUAUUAUCUAAAUUUAAGUCUAUUCGAAGCCUCUCAUUUUCAUUAAAUAAGGACUUUGGUAAGAGGCAAGUAAAAAAUUAGAAGACUAUGUUACACAUAUGUCAUAAAUUGUUGCAAAUUCUGUUUUGUUCUAUUUCAAAGUGAUACUUUUGCUUUAUUAUUUAUAAAUUAUGAAAUAUACAAUUUUUUUAUUGCUAAUAUAUAUCAAUUUUACCUACGCUGUACGAAUACUUUUGCUUGAUAGAAUUGAUAUGUAUUAGCAUUCAUAUAUAUAUAUCAGUAAAUAG